AAGAGGGGUAAUAGGGAAGAAAGAAGGAGGAUGUCAGAAAACAUCAUUUAUACUGACUUGAACUUUCCUGCAGUAGCUGGGUUGGGUUCAAGGCUGGUGAAGGACAAUGAUACCCAGGCAGGUCCCAUGAGCCAAGAAGUAAAUAUAACUACCAAAGAACCAAGUCAGCCUAAGCCAGGUGGGAGGUGCUGCUCCAAGGUCUGUGCCCUUGCACUGGUGGUUGUGACAGUCUUUCUUUUGGCCACAGGCGUGACGCUGAUAGUUGUACUUUCACAGGCUCAGAAGUCAUCAGGGCAGCAAACCCACUCUGCAGCCACCACAGCUAGAGAAAGAGGGCUCCCAAGUACACCAGUCCCAUCUGAGCCACGGUCAAUCUCCAAAACCUCCAAAGAUCUUCCAACUACACAAGGCCCAUCUAAGCAAUACACAGUCACAGUCUCAGAAACCUCCAAAGGUCUCCCAACUUCACAAGGCCCGUCUAAGCUACAAACCGUCUCCAAAACACAGAAAAGCUGCCCUUCAGGGUGGAGAGAAAACGGAACGAGCUGCUACUUCUUUUCUGAAGGGAAGGACAAAAAGAGCUGGAAUGCCAGCAUGGAGGAGUGUAAAAAGAAUGGCUCCAAACUUGUAAUUAUCAACAGCAAAGAUGAAUUGGACUUUCUCAACAGAACAUCACGGAAUUACUACUAUUUCCUUGGCCUGAUGUACUCCAACACCACUAGGAAAUGGAAUUGGAUAGAUGACACAGAGCUUGAUACAGACAUAUUCAACAUAAAGCGGAACUUCUCUGACUAUUUCUGUGCUGUUGUGGGACACAACCGUGUAGCGAGUGCUGAUUGCAAUGGAUCCUCAACAACCGACUAUAUGUGUGAGAAAGCUGUGAAAUAA